AUUGAAAAAGAGGAUUUCAACAAUUUCGAUUAUAUAUUUGGUAUGGACGAAGAUAAUAUUGCAGAUUUGAAACAAUACGCCCCAGCUGAUAGUAAGGCAAAAAUACUACUUUUGGGAGAUUUCGAUCCUGAAGGCAAACUAAUUAUAAGGGAUCCAUAUUAUGAUUCUGGAUCAGAUGGUUUUGAAGUUUGCUAUCAACAGUGUAUGCGAUCCUGCAAGGCAUUCUUGGAACAAUUAUGAUAAAGGCGUUUUGUGACAUAGUAAAUAGGGAAAGACCAGACUAUAAUUAUUUAUCAACUCUCUAAUGAUCAUAACUUUACUUUGUAUGGAUAUCAAACUUCACUUACGUAUUCAAAUAUCUUGAUAAUAGGUACAUUGAUAAUCAUUGCUAUCGAAUAAGCAAUUGAGGAAUAAAUCAAGUAAACAUGUAAAUUCAUAGUUAUUCAAGAGCUCUGGAUAAGGCAUUUGUAUGGUUGUGACAUGUUCAAUAAAGUGCUUUGGUUGAAA